UGGAUGGGAAAUAAGGGAACUGCUGCGUGCUGAGAGAUUUCUUCCACCUCCUGCUCCUGUGUAACCCCAUAGAGUGUCCCGUGACUUCGCAGCGGUCACCCCAGAGGGAACUGUUCCUGUAGGACGCUGCCACAAUGAUCCCAAACGCCAGGGAAGCUCCAGGAUCUGAUCAGGCAUCGGGGCAAUGACGAUGACCAACCUCCUGCCUUCCUCAGGGGAUGGCAACUGCUAUUACCUCCUGACAGAAGACUGUUCCUACGGCAGCAAGUUCUUCCAAGCUGGAAACUUGUGUUUCUGCAGCGAGAGGAGUUACCUGCGCAACUUCUCCGACGACAGACGCCCCAUUUGCUUCUUGAGGGUCAUCAUGUUGGACGACAGCUCCACCGUCACCAUCAACAUGGAGAUCCUUCAGCCCGUGCCUGAGAAGGUGGCCUCCUUCCUCCUGGCCAUCAGCAACCACUAUGACCGGUUGAACUACUUCUUGGACAGGGGGAACCUGGAGGCAGCUCUGAGGGCUGCGCCAGGCCACAGGGUGAUGGCUGAGGUUGAGCACCAGUAUUUCCCUGGAAUCAUCCGUUACAUUGGGAGCAUUUAUAGAAGCGCUUCUGCUGUGUUGUCUCCCUUCUUCUUUGGGGUGGAGUUACAGGGUGAAGGAGAAAACAGAGGGCGCAGCGAUGGGUCCUACCAUGGCACUGAGUAUUUCAAGUGUAAGAAGAACUGUGGGAUCUUCCUGCCGUUUAGCAAAGUCCAGUUUACUCCAGAUGAAAACUAUGGGAAACAGAAGCCAAAAGCAGCUGCAGAGGAGGUGGUCCCUGUCAAAGUGGGAGAUGCAGUUAGCUUCUACGUGGACGAGGUGCUCACCAAAGGAAUAGCCAUGGCAGUUUACAGGAAGGGAACCCAGUGGUUUGUUAAAGUCUGUCCGGAAGAGGAAGGAACAACUGACAUUUUCAGAGAAAUCCCUCUGGAUUCUGUUGUGAAGGAGAACCUGCAAAGUUUAUUUUCACCCUUUGAGUCCACCAUGGGCUUGGGACCCCCAAACCAGAUGAAACAAGAGCUCAGUGAGAGCGGUGAGGAGUGUGACGGCGGCAAUUCAGCCUUGGAAGUGAACUCCAUGGUCCAGAUCACCUUGGACAAAGGAACUCGGGUCUCAGGAAUCAUCCGCUGGUUGGGCUACCUGCCCCAGAUCAAGCACAAGAUGGCAGGAGUUGAGCUGGAUGAAGAUAAGGGGGUCACUGCUGGCGAAUGGUUGGGCAAAUACUACUUCCACUGUGCUCCGAAGCGCGGCCUCUUCGUGAAGCUGCAGUGCUGCCAGCCCGACGUUCGCUUCCAGAGCUCACACAGCAGCGACUUGAGCCUCGUGGGUUAUGGAGGACAAGAAGAUCUUCCCCAGGCUCCAGACAGUUUUCCUCCCCUCAGGAACGAGGCAGCGGUGCGUGUCCUGCGAGGGCGGAUGAAGGGGAUCCAAGGCCAUUGUAAUUCCUGCUAUAUGGAUGCAGCUCUCUUCAGCCUCUUCUCCUGUACAUCUGUGGUGGACUCCAUGCUCUUCAAGCCCUUCCUGCUGUGUGAUAGGAAUGUCCAGAGCAUUCUGAGGGAUGAGAUUGUUAAUCCCCUCCGAAGGACUGGCUUUGUCAAGGCCAGGAGCGUGAUGCACCUCAGGGAGCAGCUGACUGACAAAGGCCAAUGUUCAAGCUUUACCAACGCUGAGAAAGAUCCUGAGGAAUUCCUCAAUCUCAUCAUGCAUCAGAUCUUGGGGAUAGAACCACUCUUGAAACUGCAGUCAGGAGGCCAGAAGGAGCAGGACUGUUACUGUUACCAGAUAUUUAUGGACAAACAGGAGGAUCUGGUGGUUCCUGACGUGCAGCAGUUAGUGGAACGCUCCUUCCUCUCCUCUGAUCUGAAGCUAGUGGAGAUCCCAUCUUGCUUCAUAAUCCAAAUGCCACGUUUUGGGAAGGAAUAUAAAAUGUUCAGCAAAAUCAUUCCUUCCUUGGAGCUGGAUAUAACAGAUCUGCUGCUUGACAGUCCCAGGGAGUGCUGCCUGUGUGGUGAUGUUGCCACCUUGGAGUGUUCAGAGUGUUUCAAAGACAAGGUGUUUGCAGCUACGGGCCUGAAGCAGUUCUGCAGCUCCUGCUCCAGACAGGUUCACUCCCACUACCGCCGCAAAGCCCACAAGCCAAGAGAGCUGCACAUCCCAGAGGAAUUCCACACCCGGAGCCCCCGGGGCUGCCAGCAGGUCCCUCAUGAGAAGAUGGAGCUCUUUGCAGUGCUCUGCAUCGAGACCAGUCACUAUGUGUCCUUUGUGAAGUAUGGCCCUGAGAAUGACCACUGGAUGUUCUUCGACAGCAUGGCCGACAGACACGGUGGUGAAAAUGGCUUCAACAUUCCCACAGUAACCCUGUGCCCUGAAGUUGCCAAAUACUUGGACUUGCCACUGGCUGCGCUGGCCCUGGAGCAGCCUCGGGACAUGGAUGGAGUGGCCAAGCGCCUCUUCUGUGAUGCCUACAUGUACAUGUACCAGAGCAAGAAGAUGGCACUUUACAAGUGACACUGAUGAGGUGUUGGGAACAUGACCAUGGAUCAACCCUGGAGCUUGGCAUCAGUGAGAGCAGCCAAGUCUGCGUACACCAAACUUGCACUUCAGCCUCUUCUUGCCUCUUCCAAGUGUCUGGUAUGAAGCUGUACACAGCAGCCUGGGUUAGUUAAAUCCUGUCAAGUGAGAGUUUGUACUUCCAGCAGACCUGGACUCUGAAUUCCUUACACUCAAAUCCAUUCUUAUUCCCUCCCUUCCCUUUCCACCUUCUUUCCUCCCCACUCUGCAGCUCUGCCCUACCUCAGAGUCCUCCCCAACAUCCUUUUCUCCCUUCCAAUGAUGAGCUAGGACCAGCAUUUAAGGAAAACCUGAGCAGUUAUCAAGCUGAGGACCAGUAUUUAAUCAAGACAUGAACAGUUCUCCUCAGGUUUGCAAAGAGCACAAGAAAAGCAGAGUGUUACCCUGCAUAAACCAUCCUCGCAUGGACUUGUGCAGUGAGCGACCCAGGAGGUGUGAGCUGCACCACUGUGGUGAAGACAUGGCUCAGGAUGAGGGUUUCUUGGGGUCUGGGAUGUGCCCCACACCUAAAGGUGGGUCCUUGAGGUGGCUGCACCUCCCUUACCCAGCACUUGUACCCACCAUCCCUGUUUUCAACCGUGAGGUCACUGGAUGUCUUGAGCUGCAAAACAGGCUUGAAAAUCCAUGUUUCUCUCCAGAACAAAACUGGAAGGAAGAUGGAGCAGAGGAACAAGGUGUUUUGCUUCCUCUUUCUUGCAAAGGCUGCACUGUUGCUGCACGAUGGGGUGUUUUAAUCUCACUUUAAGCACUUUCUGUCCCAUCUCUGCACCCACUCCUGAGAUCCAAAGACCAAUAAUAGAAUUCCAAGGGCAAAAAAGAGCACUCUUGGGUUUGCUGUGACUGUAGAAAGGUCUCUGAGGUGGGAAUUGUCAUUCCUUCGACUAGAUAAACGUGCAGACUGGAGGUUUUCUGCCAUUAAGCUCAUGCUGUCAUGGCAGGAAGAAGCUGUUCCAGGAGUCAGUGAUGAACUGGGGUGCCCCAAAUUGCACUGCCAGGACCCCACAUCCUAAGUGGAUGCAUCCAGGAGCUCCGGAUGUGCAGCUGUAAUCCUCCUCCUGCUCUUUUUCUUCCCUCUUUAAUGCAGGGUACAGCUUUAGGUACUUUUUUGGCUGACAGCAGAGGUUGUGAUGCUAAAGGGGACCUCACAGCCUGAUGGUUGUAGCUGCUUUCUGACGUGUCUCACGUCUGUAUGUGGUGGCUGGUGUGGAAUGAACCCAGGUUGUUACCACACAGUUAAGUCAAGUCAGCUUCCACUUGUCUCUGUUGAGCAUUUGAGCCUCACCACCACGUUGACCAUGAGGACAGAGAAGGUGAACAAUGUCCUGGGCUGCCAAAGCGUUGCCAGCAGGUCAAGGAGAGGAUCCUUCCCCUCUGCUCAGCACUGGUGAGGCCACAACCGGAGUAUUGGAUCCCAGUUGGAGCUCCCCAGGAUGAGAGACAUGGAGAGAGUCCAACAAAGGGCUGUGAAGCUGAACUGGAGCAUUUCUCCCAUGAGGAAACACUGAGAGAGUUGGGACUGUUCAACCUGGAGAAGAAAAGACUGGGGGGAAACAUCAAUGUCUGAAGGGAGGGUGCAAAGAGACAGCCAGGAUCUUCUCCGUGGUGCCCAGUGGUAGGACAACAGGCCCUGGGCACAAACAGGAACACAGGAGGUUCCUUCAGAGCAUCAGGAAAGGCUUCUUCACCAUGAGGAUGACAGACUCUGGUACAGGUUUCCAAAGAGAUCAUGGAUUCUCCAUCCUUGGAGCCACCCAAAAUGGGUCUGGGCAAAGCCAAAGCACCAGAGGUGAAGAGCCUGACAAGGAGAGAGCAGCAGAUCAUCCCAGGGGUGGGUUUAUCCUUCUCCUGUGCUGAUGAGCUGCUCCCCUGUGGCCGUGCUGAGGGUGCUGAAGCUCACUGCCUUCAUCUACUUCAAGUUGCUCUUGAGUCCUUCUCUCCUUAGACCUCAGGACUCUCUCGACUCAGGUACGCUGGGGUUGGACUUCUCUGUCUCUGGGGAUUCUGCUCUAAAAAUGCAACUUUUAAUAGCAAACUAUUCCUGGUUUUCCUGGA